AAUUGGAAAUGAGUUUUGUCGAUGACCGCACCUCCGCAAAGGAGCUGGAUCAGUGGAUAGAGCAACUCAAUGACUGCAAACAACUCUCGGAAAACCAAGUGAAAACUUUAUGCGAAAAGGCAAAAGAGAUUCUGUCAAAGGAAUCAAAUGUGCAAGAAGUGAAAUGCCCUGUAACGGUCUGUGGGGAUGUCCACGGUCAGUUCCAUGAUUUGAUGGAAUUGUUCCGUAUUGGAGGCAAAUCACCAGACACGAAUUACCUAUUCAUGGGAGAUUAUGUGGACAGAGGAUAUUACUCUGUAGAGACAGUAUCAUUACUGGUCACCUUGAAAGUGCGUUUCAAGGACAGAAUAACAAUUCUGCGUGGUAACCACGAGAGUCGCCAAAUUACCCAAGUGUAUGGUUUCUAUGAUGAGUGUCUGCGCAAAUACGGCAAUGCCAAUGUAUGGAAAUACUUCACAGACUUGUUUGAUUACCUUCCUCUCACAGCCCUUGUUGAUGGACAGAUAUUUUGUUUACAUGGCGGUCUUUCACCAUCUAUAGACACUCUUGACCAUAUUAGGGCUUUAGAUAGAAUUCAAGAGGUUCCACAUGAGGGUCCAAUGUGUGAUUUGUUGUGGUCUGACCCGGAUGACAGAGGCGGCUGGGGUAUUUCUCCUCGAGGUGCUGGCUACACAUUUGGACAAGACAUCUCAGAGACUUUCAAUCACAGCAAUGGUCUGACACUAGUCUCUCGAGCUCAUCAGCUGGUUAUGGAGGGCUACAACUGGUGUCAUGACAGGAAUGUCGUAACUAUAUUCAGUGCUCCAAAUUACUGUUACCGCUGUGGUAACCAGGCUGCUAUCAUGGAGUUGGAUGAUGCCCUGAAGUACUCAUUUUUACAAUUUGAUCCAGCGCCGAGGAGAGGUGAGCCGCACGUCACAAGACGAACACCGGACUAUUUCCUUUAAGCGUAUCUGUGUCAGUAAGGAUGGAGCAUUGUCUUUUGAAUGUCUUGAAGAUUGCUUUUUACUUGGCUUUGGUCACGUAAGGCACAGAAGUUCUAUGACAUUUUGCAUCACAACUUCAUCCAAAUAAAACAAAAAUUAUUUGCUUCUGUGUGAGAUAAUUCAGUGGACAUGAGGCUUGACUUGCCUGGAUUUAUUAUGUUAUUUAUAUAUAUAUAUUUUAUGAUAUUUUUUUUAAUUUGUGGGGACUUGAUACAAGAAACAACCACACUGUCAAUAGUGAAAUUUGUUGUUGUUGACUGCGAGCAAAUUGUGACCAUCAUGUAAUAUUUAUGUCUUAUUACUGGCACAUUACUAUUGAUAGUUUACAUGUAUUAAGCAUUUUGAUUACACAAGACAGUUUCAUACCAUUUCAGCAACGUAUGUAAGUUGUUGUUAUGUAUGCUAGUCUUAUAAAGAACAUCAUGGAAUAUUAUUUUCUAUUGAUAAGGAUGGUGACUUGAACCCCUGGUAUUUGUUCACAUUUGCCUGAACAGCAUGUGUUGUCAAAGUACCUAAAAGUUACCUUUUUUUUUUUUAGUUUUUUUUUUUAUGCCAAUUGUUCUUUUGUCCCAAAAGGAGAAUUAGCAUCACUCAGCACUACAAAUGUCUUCUUAGUAUUGAUAUGGGGAAAGGGGAGUUUUAAAAAACCCAGUGUGAACUCUGGUGCAUAUCUGUCCUCCGGAGACCCCCCCAGUGUGGUGACAACAGUGGCUUUCAAAUUUUGUGUGUGAAUUGAUUCCAUACUAGUUUGUCAUAAUGUGUGACUGAUCAGUUCCUGAUGUUUCAUACUCUAUUAAAAGUUAUAGAAUAUUGUUCAUUUUCAUUUGUUAAUUUUUCUUUUUUUUUUUCCAGCAAAAGAUCAGUUUGUAAUAUAUGACUGACAGCCAGUGUCUUUUGAUGUUUUAUUACCUUUGUGGAAUCAUGAUCACAUUGAGCCAUCCCAUAGUGUAAUGAAUCAUGUAACUUGAGAUCUGCCAUUCAUUUAUUUGCAAGCACAAACAAUUGAAGUAUAAGUGAGUUUGGGUUGGUUUUUGUUCUCUUUUUUUUCUGAAGUAAUCAAACAUAACAGUACGUUAAAAAAAAUGUAUUUGACUGACCUUGAAAUGUGUGGCAGUGAGGUUGUGAGAUGGUUCUGCUUACAGGACAUUCUCGUGUUUUAUUUAGGCAACAAUCGUUUGAAGCUGUAAGUAAGUGUAAAAAAUUUUACUAUGCAUGCCCCGUUUCAGGGGAAUGUUUGUGAACAUACCUAGCUAUGGUGCAGAUUUAUGUCUAUUUCAUUUUUGAAAUGACUAUGAGCUUUUGUCUAGCCUAUCGAAAAUCACAGAGUUCUCAAUGAUUAGAUUCUGUUGCGCUAAAAUCUGUAUGCUUGUAGGCUUUUGAGAAAUUAACAUGUGAAUAUUGAUAACUGGACUAUUCUUUUUACCCUCCUCAAUUAUUUUUUUAGCCCAACCCUGCUCAAGGUGGAACAGUAUUUUCAGAUUCUUUUUGACUCUUGUUGGGUCUGGUUUAUAAGACUUAAAAUUGAAGAACAAAAAUAUAUAGAUCAGAGCCAGAGGCUGUGAAAGGUUUUGUGUAGAGCUAAUGGUGUUAUAAAUAAGAAAUUGUUGUUGGUCUUGUUUUUCCUCUUGACGUUCUCCACGCUUUUUCAGACUUUUUUUUUUUCCCCGUAAGUCGGUAAUUGAGUCAACAGGUCCCAGCUUUUCUACUUCUUUUGUUUUUGUUUUCACCCCUUUUUUGUUUUGUUUUUGGUUUGCUUCCACCUCAAACACUGCAGCCUGUUGUUUGCUCCGAGGUCCAUGUUCAGUUCCUUUAUUUAAUGCUUUGCUUUUUUCAUGAGCAAUGCCAAUGAUAAAGCAAUAAAUUAUGUUAUAAAUGGCCACUCUGAUAGGUUUCUGCUGCGAAUUUCAGUGCUGUUUUCUUCACCAGUUCAUUUGCUUCGUCUCGCUUUCUCCUUUCUUUGUGUUUUACAUUUCAGUGUAUAUAUGUUCAUUUUAUAGUAUUUUUGUAUGGUGGAAUCAUUUAUACUGGCCCUCGAAGUAUAAAGGUUAUACGUGUCCUGUAUACAGUAAGUUGCAAUUUGGUCCUCUCUAGUCUGUUGCAGCUGUCUACCUUGACAAACUCUCUCUUUCUCUGAAAUUAUUUUGUGGUGGGGAAGGAGCGUCUGUGAAAACUGAAUGUUUAAAGCCUGUGUGAUGAGUGGAUGCUUUGAAAUGAGACAAAUUUUAGAUACUUGCAGGGCUGAGGUGGCUUGCAAUGUUUCGUGUUUUCUGUUGUUGUUGUAGUCCAGAGCUGCCCUGCAUGGUGAUGCUGUUUCCCUCUUCUAGACACUUAGGUACCUUAACACAAAUUCACAACACUUGAGACUGUAAGUAUAUUGUAAAAAUAAAAGUGACAAAAAAAGUU